CUCUACGAAACUGGAAACACAUCUAGUUUUAUUGCGAACCCCAUAAAAAUUUUCCAAAGCAAUAUUUAAGAAAUCUUUUAAUGUCUAUAUAAUCCUCCUAAAUAAAAAAAGGGACAAACAAUUUAAUUUGGUCACAAUGAGCGUUACGGAUGUUUCGGAAGAGGAUUUGUCCGCGCCCGAGGAAGAGGAUGAGGGACCAAACAUAGGACUUUACUUAGGUGGACGCAAUGCAGCCGGACAGCGGCAUGGACGCGGAUGGGCCAUCCUUCCCAAUGGAGAUCAGUACGAUGGUAACUACCGCAAAGGCCGGCGGCAUGGAAUCGGUCUGUAUGUUUUUCGGGACGGAUCGCGGUAUUAUGGUCAGUAUCGGUGUGGAAAGCGUUGUGGACGGGGCAUCUUCAUCUACCCAGACGGGUCAGUGUAUGAGGGCAACUGGCGCAAGCACCUGAAGCACGGCAAGGGACGGUACAACUACGACAACGGGGAUACCUACUCGGGGGAUUGGUUCAAAGGGCAGCGGCACGGAGUGGGUAUAUACACCUUCAAUAGCGGCACAGAUGGGUGCUGUCUUUCGGUCCGAUUGAAGUCCACCUGGAAUACCAACGUUCGGAGUGGACCAUUUGAGCUAUAUAUUGGAAACGAUGAUAAGUGCACCAUUCUACAUGGAACUUGGGAUACUCUGUACCCCACAGGGCCUUCGGUCUUCAGCUUCAACAAUCGCUACAUGCUGUUGGGAUACUUUCUUCCCGCCAACUACAACUUUAAGACUAUUGGCAACUAUGAUGACAUGGCAGAGCACGAGGACUUUGAGGAGCGCUUGGGUGAGGAGGAAGAUGACAACGGCAAGCCCAACGCCCCAACACUGUGGUUCGCACAGGAAAUUGCCGUCUACGACUACUCCCUGUUGCCCCAGGAGCCAGUGCCCCUGGCCAUCUCCGACUCCGACUUGUCCGUCUGCUCACUGUCCACUGUGCCCAGCAUCCGGAGCGAGGAGAGGGUCAGCUGGUACGGCGAAGGAGAGGAGGCUGAGGGCGAGGAGGGCGGCGAAAUGGAGUGCUUCCCGUGCGAGUGCGAGUACGAUCUCAGCGAGGUGGAGACGGAGAGCGAGGUGUGCAAAAUUGAUGCUAAUCCAUGUGCCAUUGAAAUUCUCAAAUCCCCAAAAUGCCCCGAUCCCUAAUCAGUGGACUUUAAUUCUACGAACUUUUAUUUCUAGUUUUCUGCCAUGUUUCUUCAGCCAAGAAGCAUGUCAAUAAAUUUUUGUUCAAGAAAUACAAGAAAUACAUACUGAGACUUA